UACUAUAACAAAAUUGCAGCAAUGAAGUUCUAUGAAGGCAGCAAUAUCCUCAAAUUUUCAUGGGAGCAAGUGGCUCAGGGUAUCUGGCAGCGUUACCCAAACCCUGAAAGCUCUCAUGUUCUGUCUGAGGACACCAUAGUCAGGAAAGUCAUUGGACAUCAGCUGCACUCCAAAAGGAUAUUAACUAAAACAAAUCGUAUGCCAAAAUGGGGUGAACGACUGAUCAAUGCCCGGAAUGUCAGUAUCAUUGAAGAAUCUAUUGUGGAUCCAAUAAGAGAAAUGUGUACAUACACAAGGAAUGUUGGGUUAACCAAGGUUAUGAUUGUUUUUGAAAAGGUGAUUUACAAACCAAGCCCAGAAAACCACAAUGGACAGAAAGCAGAAAGGAGGGCAUGGAUUGACUCAAAAAUAUUUGGAUUUGGGUAUGCAAUACAGAAAUUUGGUAUCGAGCGCUACAAGAAGAACAUUCAGAAAACCAAUUUAGGAUUUACCUAUGCUCUCAGCAGGCUGUUUCCAGUUGCUGACAGUCCUACUGAAACUUCAAACACACAUCAUCUCACUUUAGAAGAAAGGAAACAAAGGUUUGUCAAUUUAAAGGAAGCUGCAAGGGAAACUGCCAAGAGAGCUAAGGAGUUGGCUCAAGAAAAGGCUGGGCCUAUUUAUGCUGCUUGUGAAAGGG